AUGACUACCUUCUUCCUCCUCCUCGUCGCCCUUCUCGCGACACCAAUCCUCGGCGACUACGUCGAGCGUCGUGGCUACGACCAAAGGUUUGGUGAACUUGAACGUCGUACACCUACUCCUGCACGCAGGAGAGGUGGUAGCUCUUCCGAUGAUGACGAUGCCACUGCAACGGAGUCUGCAAGUGCAUCAGGGACCCCAAACUUCGCGCCCAACAACGUGAUCAAUCUUGCUGGUGCUGGUGCCGCGGCCUUGAUAGCGGGUGCCGUCGUUGUUUUCUAA